AUGGGGGGAGUUGGCGCGACGGGGGGGAUCGGGAAGAAGCGGAAGCGCGGGGGGAAACAGCAGAUGGGGACAGCACGGAAGGCGGGCGGAGGGCGGGCAGGCAGCGCAGUGAGCGCGCGCAGGGGGGACGUAAAGGGCGCGCAAGGAGGGAGCGGUGGGGGGACGGUCGCGCUGGGGCUGGGAGUGAGCGCGGGGGGAACAAAGAGGGAUGCGGAAACGGGAAAGGGGAAGGCGGAGAAAGGUGGCGUGAUCGGGGGAGAAGAAGGGGAAAGGGUAGCGGAGGGGAAGGGGGAAGGUGUGGGGACGGCGGGGAAAGAGGACGAGGGGGACUUGAGGGCAAGAAGGGGAGAGGGGGAGGAGAAGGCGGCUGGUAAAAGAGGAAAACUGGCGGAAACGGAGUCAGAUGGGGCAGAGAGGGGAGAGACAGGCAAGGGUCGACAGGGAGUGGGGGAAGAAGAGGAGCGGGAGGAGGAGGGAGGGAAAGACGAGGGCGAAGAAGAAGGGGAUAGAGAGGAGGGAGGAAGGGUGGUGGUGAUGAGUGACGCGAGUGGGGAGGAGGGCAGCAGCAGGGGCGAGGGCAGCGGCAGUGGGUCGCUGGGUCUAAACUCUGGAUCAGAUGGGGGAGAGGAGCGAUCGGAUGAUGACAGUGACGCUGUGAGGAUGGGGGAGGAGAGUGGUGCGAGUGAGAGUGAGAGUGAGGAGAGUGACAGUGAAGGGAGUGACAGUGAAGGGAGUGAGAGAGAGGGGAGCGAGAGUGAGGAUGAGGAGGAAAUGGAGGAGGCAGAGGAGAGGGGUGGCAGCAAGGAAGGCGAGGGUCAAGAGGCGGAUGGGGCGGGGGUGGGCGCGGCAGGAGAGGAGUGGUUCCGCCACGUGGUGGUGGGCGCGGAUGGGGAGGCUGAAGGGGAGGGGGAGGGCCAGAGGGACGCGGAGGGGGGAGGCGCAGGCACCAAGACAGUGCUGAAUGCGGGGGCAGCGACGGCGAAGGCGAGGAAACGAGCACUGAAGGCUGAGCAUAAGAAGCGAGAGGAGAAGGUGGGGCAGGCCAAGGCAGACAAGCUGAGAGCAAGAACUCAACGAGCGGAGGAGAGGCGGCGGCGGGCGGAGAAAGAGCGGUUUGAGGCGGAGCAGAGGGAUGCAAAGCGGCGGAGAGUGGUGCGGGAGCAGGAGGCAGCGCAGGAGAGGCGCGAGGUGAGGCAGGAGAGGCGCGUGCAGGGCAUGCAGAAGGCUCUUCUGAAGCUGCUCAAGAAGCUGGCUGCUGGUGGCGGGGGAGUGGGCGGUGUGGGGAGAGGGGGCGGUGGGGAGAAGGGUGGUGGGGACCCGGAGUGGGAGGUGGUGAGUCGCGUGCAUGCGAUGGCGCAUGGUGUGGCGGAUGGCAGCUUGGAGAAGGUGCUGCUGGGGGAGGGCGAGACUAAGGGCAAGGGCGCGCAGCGGCUGCCGCUGCAAGCCAGGAUCCAAGUGAACGCCACCGCUCGUUCCGCCACGGCCAUUCUCUUCCCGGACGAGGCAGUGGUGGUGGAGGGGCACGUGCACGUCACACUGCUGCACGGCGUUGCCUCUCUGCACGGCUUCGCCCUGCCCCUGCACCGCCCCACCGCCCUCUCUGCUGACGCCACCCUCUCCUCCGCCGUGCUGCUCCACCUGGGGUUGGGUGCGGUGGGAGAGGGUGCUGUGGGGGAUGGUGAGGUGGAGCGAGGGAAGGAUGGGAGUAAGGGAAAGAAGGGGGAGGCAGUGCGGGCGGAAAAAGGGGGUGAUGAUGUGACGGUGGCGACAGAGGCGGCCAAGGAUUGGAGAGUCACAGCCAACUUCACGUUCCGACUGCUGUGUGCCCAUCUGUCCCCCUCAUGGCACCCCCACUCCCCAGGAGCCGAGCGCACCGCUGCUGAGGCUGAGAGAUGUGGGACGGCUAAGGAAGCCACUCGGGCGGCGUUUCUGUGCGGGCUGCACACUCACAGAGUGCCUUCCUUCCCUUUGCCUCACCACCACCGCUCCCCUCUCCUUUCCACCUUCCCCACCACGCCGCUGCUGAGGCUGAUAAAUAAAUGCGGGGCAAAUGAGGAAACCCCAAAUUUUGCACGGGCUGCACAGUCACUGUAUGCCCCCGCUCCGCCUCUCUACACCCCCACCCAUCUCCGCUUCCCCUCUCCCCCACCCCCAGGAGCCGAGCAAGCUGUUGCUGAGGCUGAGAGAUGUGGGCCGGCCAAAACAAAUUGCUACAGGCGGCCUUUUUGUGCAGGCUGCCUGCAUACCCACAGAGUGCUUCCCCUCUGCCAAUCUACACCACGCCUCCCCCACCCAUCUCCUCUCCCCCCACCGCCACUCCCCCAGGAGCCGAGCACACCGCUGCUGAGGCUGAGAGAUGUGGGGCGGCUAAGAAAACCGCUCCAGGCGGCCUUUCUGUGCGGGCUGCACACUCACAGAGUGCCCCCCCGGGGGCAUGGGCAGGGCGGGCAGGGGCUGGGGGGUGGCGGGAGCGGGGGUAGAGCCAGGGGGAAAAAAGGGGGAAAGCGGUAUGAGGGGGACCGUGGGGCUUGGGAGGCGUUCUCGUGGACCCCGCCUAAGGGGAAGAAAGGGGGCGGGGGCGGGGGCGGGGGAGGGGGAGGGGGAGGGGGAGGGGGAGGGGGAGGGGGAGGCGGAGGGGGAGAUGGAGGGGGAGGGGGAGGCGGAGGAGGGGGAGGGGGAGGGGGAGGAGGAGGAGGAGGAGGAGGAGGAGGAGGAGGAGGAGGAGGAGGAGGAGGAGGAGGAGGAGGAGGAGGAGGAGGAGGAGGAGGAGGAGGAGGAGGAGGAGGAGGGCAGCAAGCGGCAGGGCCAUGGAGGCAGGAGGGGCGGGUGCUGACGAACUCAGAGAUGAAGGGGUGGGAGGCGGUGCGGUGCGAUGUGGUGAGCCGCGAGUGGGAGGAGGCGGGGCGCUCUGUGGUGGGCGGGAGGAAGCGCAGCAAGAGGAGGGCGCGCGGGGAGGUGCGGGUGCCCAUAGUGAUGGUGAUGGGUGGCGUGAACACUGGCAAGUCAACGUUUGCCAAGUUCCUAGUCAACCACAUGCUGGGCAGGCACCCCUGUGUGGCCUUCCUGGACACGGACGUGGGGCAGCCCGAGUUCACUCCACCCGGCAUCGUCUCGCUGCACCUCCUCUCGCACCCCGUCUUUGGCCACCCUGCACUGCAUCAGCGCACCCCCCUGGCAAGCCAUCUGUACGGCGACAUCAGCCCAGGCGGUGACCCUGCGCUGUACCUGCGGCAGCUCUUCUCGCUCUACGACUGCUUCCGACUGAACUACUACGAUGGGCAUGGGGCGGGGGCAUUACCACUGGUCAUCAACACACACGGGUGGAUCAAAGGAAUCGGGUAUGAUGCUCUGGUGGAUCUGAUGCGCUACGUGGCGCCCACACACGUCAUCUCGCUGCUCGCACCCGACGCUGCGGACAACCUGCCUGCCGGCCACUUCUGGCAGCCGGGGGGGUUCGCCCCCGAGGAUAUCAACCCCAACAUGACGCCCCUGGGGGGCGUGGGGGGCGGUGGCGAGGGCGCCGGGGGGGUGGGAGGGGAGUGGGAUGGGGAGGGGGAGGGGGGCGAUGUGGGAGGUGCGGGUGGAGGUGCAGGGGUACAAGCUGGGGGAGGGGUUUGGGGGGGGGGAGGAGGAGGAGAUGGGGGAGGAGAGGGAGUGGAAGCAGUAGCAGCAUCAGCAGCAGCAGUGCAGGGGGGAGCAGCAGCAGGGGCAGUGGUGCGCACGUCAUUAAUCACAAUCACAUCGCUGUCUGCCAGCGCUGGACCUGGCGUGAGCAACUCCUACCGGGUGGCACACGAGCAUCGCAGUCUGCGGGUGCUAGCAGCCAUCCGCCAUGCUCUCUCUCCCUCCCGCCGCCUCGCCCUCUACAAGCUCGCCCGCCACAUUUCCCCCCACCCCGCCCCACCCACUGCCACCGCCCCCUCUUCCACCGCCCCUCCCUCUUCCUCCACCUUUCCCUCCUCCUCCGCCGCCCCCCCUGCGUCCUGCCCUCCCUCGCGCCCCUCGCCCGCGCUCCCUGCGCCCAUCUUCCUGUUCCCGUUUGACGAGCAGUGGGAGAUGGCUCGCUGUGCGCGCCUGCUGGCGUGGCGGGCGCCCUUCGAGGUGGACCUGGGGGAGCUGCACGUGGGCUGCGCGCAUGGCGAGCAUGCUCAUAGCUCUCAACACUUCCAUCGUGGGCCUCUGCUCCCCAUCCAACACCCUCCUCGCCUCAUUCCCUUGCUCCAUCCCCUCCCCGUCUCUAACCCCCCUCCUGCCCCUCCCCCUCUCCCGGCAACACACUCAUCACCCUCAACGUCCUCACACCCCCCCCUCUCUCUCCCUCCUCCGUACCCAACCCCCCACUUCUUCCCCCUGACCCCUUACCCCCUGCAGCUGUUCCCCGGCAACCCACUCAUUGCCCUCAUCCUGUCCCCUGCCAACACGCUCAUCGCCCUCAAUGCCGCUAUCGUCGGCCUCUGCUCGUCCUCCCCUCCCCCUCUCCCCUCCCUGCCGCCUCCGCCCUCCCUGCCCAUGAUAUGCUCUCUGCACUCUCACUGCACCCGAAUCUCUCUCACCGUCAGUGCUUAUGACCGUUAUUAUGACCCGACUCAUCAUCACCAGCACCAGACGUGUUCAGGGGCAUGGAUGGUUGCGGGGCUGUGGUGCGUGGUGAGGGGGGUGGAAGCCAGCAGGGGAGUGGCACACGUGGUGGCGCCACUACCACUCGCCCGCAUGCACCACGUCGACACUCUCCUCAUCUCGCACCUCCACCUGCCUUCUCCGCUGCUCCUAUGCAACGACCUGGUCUCACCGUACCUCUGCUUCCACUCACUCGCCGACUCCACUCUAGGCGCCAAGGAGCUGCCCAUUAGGGAGGUCAAGCGGUGA